AACGUUAUUUGCAAAUGGCCAAAAUCGGGUGAGAAAUGGCUCCCGUGUGUUUUUCUAUCGCAAAUUUCGACGUUAAAUGAGUAUCGCAGCCGUCGAGAAACGUGCGCAAGUUCUACCGGAAGCGUCUGUGCAAAAGUGGCUGGUGUUUUUCGCCGUGAACGCGCGUGCAAAGUCGUGAAAAUUGCGUAUUUCAGUUUCCUUCCAAGUCGCUGCCUAAAAAAUUGGGAUUCGGACUCGGUCCUCCUCAGCCUUCGGUGUGCUCUUCUCUCUCUCUUCGGCGCCGCUCUCCCGACGACGACUCGACAUUCGUGAGCCCCUUCUUGCUGCCGGAGGAGACCUUCUGUCCCUGUGUGUGUCCCCGGGGUGGUCACACCAACAGCCUGCCAGCCAGUCACAAACACACUCGCAGUCAGCCAGCCAGCUAGCCAGAGCUCGGAGUGUGUAGUAUCAAUUAGAUUGCUGCUGCCGCUGCUGUGUCAGGGAAAAAGUGGCGAUUCGCGUAUUUUUUUUUCGCUCCUUCUAUGUUUGAGUUGCUUCUUGAUUUCACGACGACGGCGCUGGUGGCACUGUCUCUCUGAUGUGUCCCUAAAAUAGAAAUUUUAAUAUGUGAUUUUUAUUAGUAUUUGAACCAAGGAAAAAAAAGUGAGCGAGUGAGGAGGAAAAAAAAGGUGGAUUUCAAGCCGAGUACGAGCGGAGAAUUGCAGAGUGUGAGGGCACAAACUAUCGGCUCUGCUGCAAUAAGAACCCAAAAAAAAGUGGAGCCUUCGACGUCACACAUUUUCCGUUUUGUUGUUGCCUUUUUUUUUCGGCGAGGUGUUCAUCAACUGCAACUAAAACCAUUACAUCGAGUUGGGCAAUAAGAACGGAACGGAAAGUACACAACCACACGCGAGGACCGCGGCGGCACACCGUGGGCUGAGACAGUGAGCGUGUGACGCAAGUGAACCCAGGCUCGGAACAAGGAAGAAGCCGCAAGUACUCGACGAUCGUCGUCUUAUCGGAGAUCUUGCCAAAACAGUGCGGAAGAUUGGGGUGUGUGCGAAAUUGAAAAGUGUAAACACAAAACAAAGAGGAUUAGAAGUUGAACAGCGCUCAGUGGUUAUUUUCCUAUCAGAGUACACACACACACACACGUCCGCGCACCUGUGUCCACAAGCAAACAAACAGGCACACACUAACACACUUGCUCGUGAACGUCGUCGUCGUUGCAUAAUUGAGUGAACACCGCGCGAGAGUGAAGCAAUCAAGAAGAGAGCGACAGAAGAAGAACAACAGAAAAGGUGCUCCCCCUGUAUCGUAUCGCACAUACACACGAUCAUCGCGCACUGAUAAAAGAGCCCCAACAACAACAACAACAACGUCACCACAAUAACAAGUGGGGUGGUGUCGUCGUGAUCGUGAAUCGCAGGAAGUGCAACCGCUAAAAGUGGUGGUAGUGGGUGGUGCUCGGGAAAAAGUUCCGGAUUUGAGUCGAUGCGCACAUUACAACAACAACAACAAAUAAAGCAGAGAAGAACAAAAACACACCACGCACGCUGACACUCACAACUACAACACCGUUUGCCCGAAGAUUACACUCGAGCAAGUAGUAAAAGUGUUUAGAAUCUGAGAUCCUUGUAUUUUCAUUUCUCUACCAAGAAAUGCAAUAGUUUCGUACAGAACUACGAAGUAGCUACAACACAAAAUACAGCAAAUAACAAAAAAAAUGCAAAGCUUCAUCUCUAGUAUCGAAAAUCAUACAAAGAAUUUAGACGUAUUAAUGAUCCUUAAUAUUAAGAAAUCCGAUAAAAAUAUCACCAGUACUGUUACUACUACUGCUAAAUUUACUACAACUACUAUUUCUACUGCUACAAAAAGUACUACAACUAUUACUCAAAACAACACGAACAAGUCUGAAUACGCUUUUAAGAAAUCACUUAAUAGUUUGCUAAGUUGUUUAAUCGGAGCGGAAAGCAGGCAACCGGAACCGGAACUGUCGAAGGAAGCGAAGGUGGCUCUCAGCGAGGCCUAUCAGCAGCUGCGGCGUGUACUGGACGAACCAGAGCAAAAACCACUGUUACUACAAUCGAUCAAUGAGUCUGAGCAACAAUCAGGGAUUGUAUCCGAUAUUUUACUAACCGUUAAAAGUAAUCCAACUAUUCGUAAACGUGCUGCGACAACAACGCCGAAUAUCGAUUGCAUUGCGUUUGUGGUGAUUGGUGUCCAAAAGCAGCAGCAGCAGCAGCAAAAGCAGGAACGUGACCGGCUCGCUGGACAAUACUAUGCACUGAGCGAGCUCGAACCGGAAACCGGAAAGACAGGUUGCUACAACGUUACGAAAGACGGGAAUUUGACACAUUUCAAUCAUCUGAUCAAAAUCACGAUGAAUGAUAAUGACACUGUGAAUAUGAUAUGUGAUUUAAUUGAAUACCUGAUAACAGUAAACACUAAUCAUAGUAUAAUAAUUGAUGCAUGUAGUAGCUUGAUCUGUAAUGACCAAAACCUAGAUACUAAGGACAACAACAAUGAUAUAGCCAUGGCAAAUGUUGCAACCGAUGCUAAUACUUCCGAACAAGCCAAACGAACCUCGAAACUAGUAACAACAACGUACGUUAAGUUUGAUGAUCUACUGCGCAUGUCCGAGUGGGAGAAGACUGUGCAGCGAAGUGGCGCCAAGCUGCCGCGAAUGAGACUGUGUGGUGGAGGAGAAGACUCGAUCAACAACGGAACCAGUGCUUGGGGAACGCCCGGUACUGGCAAUCCUGGCAACUCAUGGGGAGGCAUAAAUCCCCAGCAACCGCCAGCGUGGGGUGCUGGAGCUCCGGGCCAAGCCGGUCCAGGUGUACCGGGAACGUCUGCCGGUGGUAAACCACAACCACCUCCGGCUGCUGGAGGUCCAGGAACACCGGGUGUUGAGAAUGCUGAGGGAGGAAAUGCAUGGGCCGCCGGCAAUCCGGUCAAUCCGGCCAACAACUCAGGAGGUGCUGCGAAUCCAGCUGGGGCCGCAGGUGCCAGCGGCAGUGCAUCGAAUGCAAGCAACAGUGCCAAUCCAAACCAACCACAGCAGCCAGCAGCCCAGCCUCAGGCUGAUGCUCCGGCAACCACACCGAAUCCAAAGCUUGAACGUCUGAACACCAUGAUUGAAGCGUUGCACGCAUUGGAUGGUUGGGGCUCGGAGAAUGUAAACCAGGACACCCGGUGGGAUGUGCCAGCUUCGCCAGAGCCGGGAUCCAAGCCAGAUCCAAACAGUGCGGUCACUGGACCUACCGCUGGAAUUCCCAUGUGGAAGACCAACACCGGUACCGAAAUCUGGGAAGCGAAUCUACGCAAUGGCGGACAAAUGCCUCAGCAACAACCCGUUCAAAAGACUCCGUGGGGACCUACUACAAACCAUGGUGGAGUCUGGGGCGAAGACGACGACUCGGGUGACCAAGCCAACGUAUGGAACGGAGCCUCUGGUGGUAAUCCUGCUGCCGGAACACCUCAAGGUGGCCCGUCACAACAACCUCCAUGGAAUGCCGGUGGUGCCGGUGGCGGCAUGUGGGGUCCAGGUGGAGUUGCUCCCGGUGCCAUCAAGAAGGAGAACGAUUGGGGUGGAAAUGCUGGUGGACCAGCUGCCAGCUGGGAUCAACGAAAUAUGCCAACUGGUGGAGCACCAGGUGCUGCCGGUGGAAUGGAACCUACCAACAUCGAUAUGCGAAACAUUCGUAUCAGUGGCGGAAUGGACGGCAAUCGUGAGAUUCGUGGUGAUCCUCGCGGCAUCUCCGGACGGUUGAAUGGAAAUGUGAAUCUUUGGGAACAGCACCAAAUGCCAGGAAUGGCCCCGAACAAGAUUCCACAAGUCACUACGCCUGUCACGCCAUCUGGUGCUGGUGGUCCGUGGCCAAACAAUCAACUUCCAGGCCAUAACAAGAUGCCAUCAGGUUGGGAAGAACCUUCGACUCAGGGUGUGCGUCGAAACGUUGACGACGGAACGGCCGUCUGGGGACAAAACACGCUCAGUCGCCAAAACUCGAACGUUUCCAACUGGAAGGAAGGUUCGGAGGGACCAUCACGCAACUCGGUUCAACGCAACUCGAUUGUCGGAGGAAAUCUUCCGGGUGGUCCGAUCAGUGCCCGACUUGGCAACUCUGGCCCCAUUAAACCGGACAACCUCUGGGGACAAAACAAUGUGGGAGGAGGUCGCGGAGCUGGUGGCGCUGGCUGGGGCGAUGACGCCGGUGGAAACAGUUGGGAGGAAAAGAACACCGGUUCACUCUGGAACGAAAAUCCGUCUGCCGGUGCCGGAUGGAACAAACAAAGCAAACAGAUGGGUGGCAAUAACUGGAACGACGUCAACGGAGGAGACAUGGGCUCUGAGUGGGGAAUGCCAGGCGGUGGCAUGAACAAACCACCGAGCAAGAUGAACCCGCUCGAGUACAUCCGCAGUAGCAAGCAGUUCCGUAUCUUGUGCGAAGGAGGCUUCAAAAAAGAGGACGUUGAGACGGCACUCCGCAUUUGCAAUAUGAAUCUCGAAGAGGCUAUCGAAAUGUUACAGCGGAAUGGUUCCGGAGGAGGGGACUGGCGCCGACCGGACGAUCACGGUCCUGGGUUUGGAAACCAGUUCGGUGGUGACCGGUUCUCUGCCGGUGGAAACUCAUCCUUGCCCUUCCCGGGACAGAACAAUCAGAACCCGCUGAGCGGUUUCGGUGGAGGUAAUCCAAAUCUUAAUUUCAACAAUAUGAAGUUCGGUGGAGGACAUGGUGGUGCCGGAGCCGGCGGAGCAGGUGGCGCUGGCGGUCCAAACGGUGCCGGUGCUGGACCGUUCGUACAGCCCUCGGCUCUUACUCAGAAUGCACAAUCUCAACCGUCGACGCAGCAGCUACGCAUGCUCGUCCAGCAGAUCCAAAUGGCCGUCCAGCAUGGUUAUUUGAACCACCAAAUCCUGAACCAACCGCUGGCCCCACAAACCCUGCUGUUGUUAAACCAACUGUUGAAUCAUAUCAAGCAAUUACAAGUUAUGCAAAGCAAUCUGAACCGCAGCGGUGGUGGCGGUGUAAGCGCCGUACAAAUAUCUCUUGCAAUCAACAAGCUCAAGUCGCAGAUCGGCAACCUGCAGAAUCAGAUCACCGCCCAGCAGACGAUCUACGUGAAGCAACAGCAGCAGCAGCAGCAACAGCAACAACAGCAGCAGAACAAUCCGAACGCGCUGGCCGGUGCGGGCGGUGGCGGCCAUCCGGGUAGCGACAUGUUCCGCACGCCGGCCGACCUGGCUGGCCUGCCGGGCAACUUCUCCGACAUGUCGCUGAAGGAUAACGGGAAUCCGUUCCCGUCGGCCGGCGGUACCAGUCAGCAGUCGCGGCUGAACCAGUGGAAGCUUCCGUCGACGCCGUCCGUCGAGAAGGAUUCGGACCUGACGGACUUUGCGCGCGCCCCGGGAACUACCUCGAAGCCGCCCGGUUCGGUCCUCGGUGGAAUUGAUGACGGAACUUGGUCCAACGGCCGCUCGAUGGGCGAUGGUUGGCCGGAUUCGAAUGCUCAAGACAACAAAGACUGGGCCGCGAAUGCGGACGCGUUCAGCGAUCUGGUGCCGGAGUUUGAACCGGGUAAACCGUGGAAGGGUAAUUCUGCCACUCGCAUUGAAGAUGAUCCGACCAUUACGCCAGGAAGUGUUGCCCGUUCCCCACUCUCCAUCGCAGCUGCCAAAGAUUCGAAUUUAUUUGCCAAUAGCAAUAGUAACAGUAACAAUAACAAUACCAACAGCAAAUCCUCGCCGACUGAAUCGAUGACGUCCUCCACCUGGAGCUACAAUCCGAGCGGUAGUGGCCAUGGUGGCUUCGGAGGAGGCUCCAAACUGUCGAAGAACCCAUGGCCGGACAGUAUCGUUCCUCCGUCAGAUUUGUGGGACAACUCGUUGGGCGUAAAGGGAGGCCGUGUGGCUCCUCCGGGGUUGAAGACCGCUGGAAAGUUGGACGCCAACGGGUGGAACGCUGGCCCAACCGGUCCUACCGGUGCUGGCGGUGGUGGUUGGAACAACAGCUCCGCAGCAUGGACGUCGACAUGGAUUCUGUUGAAGAAUCUUACCGCUCAGAUUGACGGUUCAACGUUACGCACACUGUGCAUGCAGCACGGCCCGCUGUUGGCGUUCCACGUGUACCUCCACCACGGAAUCGCACUGUGCAAGUACUCGUCCCGUGAUGAGGCCACCAAGGCCCAGCUGGCGCUGAAUAACUGCAUGCUCGGCAACACCACGAUCUGCGCCGAGAUUCCGACCGAGAGCGACGUUCAGAACAUCCUGCAGCAUCUUGGCCCACCGAGUGGCACCAACGGUGGCAUGGCCGGUGGCCAGUCUGGUGGUCAGAACUGGCGACUGGGAGCCGCCGCACAAGCGCCACCUGUACGCACUCCAGCCGUUGAUACCUGGGGAUCAGCUUGGCCCAGCAGUGGUGCGGGAUCGAACCUGUGGGCCCCACUCGACGGGCCAUCCGACCGAGCAACGCCAGCCAAUUUGAACUCAUUUUUACCCGAAAGCUUGCUCGGUACUGAACUGAAUUAAGCCGCACGAAAAGAUACAGCAAGCAACAGCAACAAACAAAAAACCGAUAGUUAAUUAAGUGAACAAAGUCUAUAGGAUAGAACGAUUUUGUUGGACAUCAGAGAACGAUGGUAGCUGAAGGCCUGGGUUUAUAAAAUGAAGUGUCUUUUCACAGUCAGCGGUUUCGUCUGGCGUAGUAUUAAGGUGUUGUGAAUGUUUUUAUCAUUUUUUUUAAAUAUAACGAUAUACAAUUAAUAUAUAUUUGAGAAAACAGAAAAGUAAUGCGAAAAAACAACACAAAAAACGAACCUUAAAAUGCAAAAAAAACCAACACACAAAACAUUUCAAGUCAAAGAAAAGUCUAGUUAUAUGUUUCACAUGUUAAGUUUUACUAUUGUAAACUAAUUUUCGCGUGUGCGUACGAGGUGUGUGUGAGAGAGAGAGAGGACUCGGACCCCUCUAAAAACAAAGAAAAAGCAUACAUACACAAAUCCUAUUAAGUUUAGGUUGCCGCUUUAGGGAGUAAUUGCUUUUCCGCUCGUCGUUUCAUUUCCGUGUAUCUCAUUUUGCGGCUCCAAAAAGGGCGGCCAAGUCACACAAUUCACGCAACACACAGACACACAAUUAUGUGCACACACUUUGCAGUAGGUGAAAGCAAUUUAUAAGCAAAUCAAUUGUGGUAUUAGAGUAUAUAUUUCGGACAACAAGUAAUUCUUUAAGGAGAAAGUAUAUUACAGCUGUUUUUCUUUUUUUUGCGAUGGGCAAAGAAGAGAAGUGAGGAAAACAACAAAAAAUACGUUGAAAAGACAACCCGUUUUGCCACUUUUGUAUGGCAAGCAGUGUUGCCACAGCAGCACAAAGCGCAAACGCUAAUUGUAAUUUUUAAUAACUGAUAGGACCUUAUUCGAUUUGUUCGAACCUGAAAACGCUUCUCAACGAACGCCAUUUACAAGAAAGCUUUGAAAAUUAAGAGUAUUGUUACAGUAAAAAAAAAUCGCGAAAACAAAAGUGCUAGAUAACUGCGCGCCAUCUCUUGAGCAGGAAGAAGAGUUACAAUGUUGCACUUGCAGACAAAGACACACACACAGUAAAGAUAAUAUUUAAGCUUAGGGCAAAACCUAAAGACAAGGCAAAAUCAUGAAGGCACAGCGUGCGAAUCAGCAAAGUGAACAUGUUUCCUCUUUUUAUUACUAUUUUUAUUAUUUUUUAAAGAAUUGUAGAAAAUUAUUGGUUGUGUACUAUUUAUUGUAUUACUUUUUAACUUCGUUUUAAGUAAAGCUAUCCGUAUCGAAGGAAAAAUCAAAUCAUGUCAAGUGGACCCUUUAUUUCUCGUGCUAAGCUAGCACACGGCACCUCAGUGAGAUACUUCCCCCAUCCAAAUUAAAAAAAGUCAAGGAUCGAACUCUACACUGAUAUUAGUAGAACAAGGAUCAAAGUGCAAACGCAUCCGUACUACAGGAUCUACAGCGCUCUCUGAUCGGAGAACGAGACGAGAGUGUGCUAGAUUUCCGUUUUUCUCUUUGUUAUUUGAUAAGUAUUGUUUGUACCGCGUCUUGUUACGAAGAAGCAGGUUAGUUUUGCUACACAACCAGUAACUGCCGCAGCACUUUUACCACCACCAAAACACGGCUAUGUCUGAUGCAGCAAUCGUAGUGUGAUUAGGGUCAUUCCCAGAGAUGUCAGAAGGGCUCGUUCAACCUCUUUCUAAAACCUUCCAUUAUCAGAAACCAAACUAGAGAAUUUGGAAACGCUUCGUAUUUAUUUAUUGCAACUUAUAUUUUAAACCUACUUUCUACGCGAGUAUCCUGUGCCAAAACGAAGAAGAAUAAACAAAAACAACAACAACAAAACUCUAUUUACAUAUCUCUCGUGUAAGAGCAAUUCGCCGGGGCUUCGCGCCAUCCUUUGCGUCUCUCCCACUCACAAUGUCGUUGUCGCGCCGCGAACUCCGAGCUUGCCAUAGCGUAAAUUUCAAUUCCCCCGAGAAGCAGCAUCAGCACACACACACUUUACAAGUGAAAGAAUGAUUACCCUUAAAAGUGUUAGCGUUAAUCUCAAACAAAUCCGAUUUUUUUGUCGCUUGUGAAAAAAGCAACAGGAUACCGUCGAAGCUGUUGUUGUCUUUCUCUGUGUAUGGUAAUGCUUUAGUUGACCCUCUUUGUGAUACUAAUAAAGAAAAAGAACAUAUUUGCCUAUGUA